AUGUCCCUUCACCCAAAGACCUGUGAGUGGAUCAUCUCCCAGCCAAGUGGCCAAGUGGUGAUUCUUAACUUUAUCGACUUUGACAUUCGAAAUUCAACCACUUGUGACUCGGACUACAUUGAGGUCAGAGACGGCAACAACACAGACUCGCGUCUUUUGGAGAAAUACUGUGGUGCAGUUGUACCGUCUAGAGUGCAAUCUACAUGGAACAAUCUCUAUGUCAAAUUUAGAGCUUCCUCUCUUACCAACCUUGGCUUCAGAGCUGAGUACUGGCCAUUAGAUACAGUAUGUGGAGAGACUCUCACUAGAUCAGAAGGAACCAUUACAAGUCCUGGUCAUCCAGAUGUCUACCCACAUGGUAUUAACUGUACCUGGAUUAUCAGCAUUCAACCUGGCUAUCUUAUCCGCCUGACAUUCACUUCAUUUAACUUGGCAUUUGAUUAUAGUUGCAGAAAGGAUUAUCUUGAAAUAUAUGACAACAGCACUGCACAAAAAUUAGGAAGGUACUGUGGAAGAUCAGUUCCACCAUCUCUCACUAGUGGUGGCAACAUAAUGAUGUUGUACUUUGUGACUGAUCACAGCAUUUCGUCUGAGGGCUUCUCAGCUAAUUAUGUCUCCCUGGAUGCAUCAAAAGUGUGCUCCCACAACUACAGUAUUGAAACUGGUGUGCUAACAUCUCCAAACUAUCCCAAUAACUACCCUGUGCGGACAGAGUGCAUAUACACCAUCACGGUGGGAAUAAAUAGACAAAUUUUGCUGCGCUUCAACAACUUCACCUUGGAAGGGAAUAAACGCUGUACAGAGGAUUAUGUAGAAAUCAGGGAUGGAGGCUAUGAAACUUCUCCUUCUCUUGGAAAAUACUGUGGUACAGACCUGCCUCCUGUUAUAAUCUCUCACAGUAACAAGCUGUGGAUAAAGUUUGUAAGUGAUGUAUUUGGCACAAGAAGGGGAUUUUCAGCUGAGUGGGAUGGUACAUCUGCAGGUUGUGGUGGAACUUUGAUGACAGCUUCUGGUAUCUUCAUGUCUCCCAACUACCCUAUGCCGUAUUACCACAAUUCAGAGUGUUACUGGUUGCUCAGAGGAAAUCGAGGAUCCCCAUUCGAAAUCCAGUUUGAACAGUUCCAUCUAGAAUAUCACCCAAAGUGCAACUUCGAUUAUCUUGCGGUAUAUGAUGGCAACAGCAGUCAUGCUAAACAGCUAGGUAAAUUUUGUGGGGAUCAGAUACCACAACUCAUCCAUUCCAGUGGAGACAGCGUGUAUGUAAAACUAAGGACAGAUAGCAGUCUGCGAGGUGGAGGUUUUCUGGCUAAAUACAAACAGGUUUGCCAUGAAGUAUUGACUGUUAAUCAUAGCCAUGGCAUAUUGGAAAGUUUAAAUUAUCCAAAUAAUUACCCAUUAAAUGAGCACUGCAACUGGACUAUUCAAACUACAAAGGGGAACACACUCAACUAUAGCUUCACAGCCUUUGAUUUAGAAGAUGGACCUGACUGUGACCGUGACUUCUUGAAGCUCUUUGAUGGGCCUGAUGCACAAUCCAACCUGACAGGCACUUUCUGUGGACAGUCUCUUCCACUGGCAGGAAGCACUACAGGGACCAGCCUUCAUGUGGUGUUUUAUUCUGAUGGACUGAACGCUAGAAGUGGGUUCCAGAUGCUGUGGCAUGUUAAUGGUAAGUUAGCCAGGUUUCCUCCGGGAAGCCCUGGCUACCCCAACAGAUACCCAAGCAACAGGGAAUGCAUCUGGUACAUUCACACAGCACCUGGUAGCAGCAUUCAACUCACCAUUCAGGAAUUCGACAUUGAAUAUCACCCAAACUGCAACUACGAUGUUUUGGAGGUCUAUGGUGGCCCUGAUUUCCUCUCACCUAGACUAGCCCAGCUGUGUGUUUCAAGACCAGCACAUAACCCACUGCGAGUCUCUACUACUGGCAAUUCAGCCAUUGUCCAUUUCAAGACAGAUGCAGCAGUGACAGGGAAAGGUUUUAAUGCCUCCUGGCAAGAAAAUCCGGGUGGCUGUGGUGGUAUUUUCCAAGCUAACAGUGGGGAAAUCCAUUCUCCAAACUACCCGCAACCUUAUAAUAACAACACAGAUUGUUCUUGGGUUAUCCAAGUUGACUACAGCCACAGAGUCCUAUUGAAUUUCACGGAUUUUGACAUUGAAAAUCACCAUUCGUGUAACUAUGACAAUGUUGCA